AGCUGGAGGACUUUGGAUGGGUGAAGAUCUUGAAUGAGAAGUAGUGGAGAUCUUGCUGGGUGACAAAGCUAGAAGCAGCUGCUGGCAGAAGAAGCACGGAGAUCGUAUGACGGAUGACAAAUAAUUGGGAUCAGUAGUCGGGCACCCUUCCCUGUCCUCCAUCCAACAAGCUGCCACAUCAGAUUUGCUUAGAAAUGCCAUGCCGGGUGCUGUUGGUUUUGCUGCUGCUGUGUGCUGGAGUGCAGUGCCAGCUGAGAGGUUUGUUCCCUGCAAUCUUAAAUUUAGCCAGCAAAUCAGAAAUUUCCACCAAUGCCACCUGUGGUGAAAUGGGACCAGAAAUGUUCUGUAAACUUGUGGAACACGUGCCUGGGAGAAUAGUCCGAAACCCACAAUGUCGAAUCUGUGACCAGAACAGUGUUAAUUUAAAGGAACGUCAUCCAAUCACCAAUGCUAUUGAUGGAACAAAUGACUGGUGGCAAAGUCCCAGCAUACAGAAUGGCAGGCUAUAUCACUGGAUCACCAUCACCCUGGAUUUAAAACAAGUCUUUCAAGUUGCCUAUGUGAUCAUUAAAGCAGCAAAUUCCCCACGACCUGGAAAUUGGAUUUUAGAGCGUUCUCUUGAUGGAGUGGAGUUCAUGCCAUGGCAGUAUUAUGCAGUUAGUGACACAGACUGCCUGACUCGUUACAACGUCACACCAAGACUGGGGCCGCCAACAUACAAGAGAGAUGAUGAGGUCAUCUGUACAUCAUACUAUUCAAGGCUUGUGCCUCUGGAGCAUGGAGAGAUUCACACCUCACUGAUCAAUGGAAGACCAAGUGCUGAUGAUCCCUCCCCAACGUUGUUGGAUUUUACAUCUGCACGAUACAUCCGUCUUCGCUUGCAGCGCAUUAGAACUCUUAAUGCUGAUCUCAUGAUUCUAAGCCACAAGGAUUUAAGGGAUGUGGAUCCCAUUGUAACACGAAGAUAUUACUAUUCUCUCAAGGACGUAUCGGUUGGAGGAAUGUGCAUUUGCUAUGGGCACGCUCGCAGCUGUCCCUGGGAUGAAGUGACCCAGAAACUCCAGUGUCAGUGUGAACGAAACACUUGCGGUGAGAGCUGUAAUGAGUGUUGCCCUGGUUACCAUCAGAAUCCAUGGCGACCUGGCACCAUUUCGGUUGGCAAUAAAUGUGAGAAAUGUAAUUGCCAUAAUAAAGCAGAAGAUUGUUAUUAUGACCAAACCGUGGCGGAUCGGAACAUGAGCUUGAAUAUUAAUGAACAGUAUAUUGGAGGGGGAGUUUGUAUGAACUGCACUCAAUUUACAGCUGGAAUUAACUGUGAAUCAUGUAUAGAAGGUUAUUACAGGCCUCACAAGGUCUCCCCCUAUGAGGAAGCGCCAUGCUAUCCAUGUGAAUGUGAUCCAUUUGGUUCUUUUAGUCCUGUUUGUGUUGUUGAUGACAAGCAAGCUAUGCAAGGUUCUUUACCGGGUCAGUGCCAUUGUAAGGAAGGUUAUAUUGGAACAAAAUGUGACCAGUGUGCUUUUGGAUACAAAGGAUACCCUCACUGUGUACGUUGUAACUGCAGCCUUAUAGGAAGUGUGAAUGAUGACCCUUGUGCAGAUCAAUGUAUAUGUAAGGAACAUGUAGAAGGGGAGAACUGUGACAGAUGUAAGUCUGGAUUCUACAACCUGCAAGAGCGAAAUCCAGAGGGCUGCACUGAAUGUUUCUGCUUUGGUGUUUCUGGUGACUGUGAUGAACUCUUUUGGCAUACCACUCAGAUGUCUGAUAUCCAUGGCUGGCAUGUCAGUGACUUGCAUGGUUCUGAGAGAAUUUACCCACAACAAGACCUGUUCGAUGGUCCUCAUCAAAUAAGCAUCAACAACUCUGAGGCCAGGAAGACCUUGCACUCUAUCUAUUACUGGGAGGCACCAUCUUCAUACCUUGGAAAUAAACUAACAUCUUAUGGUGGAGUCUUAAGGUAUACAGUGUCCUAUGAUAUCCCUGUGGAGAGUUUAGAUGGGGAACUAGUUUACAAUGUGGACCUUGUUAUGCAGGGAAGCGGUAUCACCAUAGGCACAAAGACUGAAGGUUUACUUCUGCAGCCAUACGAAGAAUACACAGCUGAAAUAAAACUUCUUCCUGAAAACUUUCUGGACUUCUAUACAAAGAGACCCGUGGAUCGAGACAGGCUAAUGACUGUUCUAGCUAAUAUUAAUCGUCUGUGGAUACGAGCCAUCUACAACAAUGCCAAAAGUGCAGUCACCAGGUUAAGCUCAGUAACACUUGAUACAGCUACACCUAAUGUGAUUGACCUCCUGCCAGCUGUACAAGUGGAAAACUGUGAAUGUCCCCCUGGUUAUGCUGGCACAUCUUGUGAGUCUUGCAUUCCUGGUUACUAUAGAGUUGGUGGAACUCUCUUCGGUGGAAUUUGUCAGCCUUGUGAAUGUAAUGGCCAUGCAACAGACUGUGACAUCCAUGGUGCUUGUUAUGGCUGUCAGCACAAUACUACAGGUCCCCAUUGUGACCAGUGCCUUCCAGGAUUCUUUGGAGACCCAACUGCAGGAACACCCCAGGACUGUCAGCUCUGUGCUUGUCCUUUAACUGCACCUUCCAACAAUUUUAGCCCAACGUGUUAUUUGUCUGGAGAAGAGGACGUGAUAUGUGACCAGUGUGCGCCCGGUUAUACUGGACCACGUUGUGAAAGAUGUGCCAAUGGAUACUAUGGAAAUCCAUCAGUACUGGGAGGAUCCUGUGUCCGUUGUGAUUGUAAUGGCAAUAUAGACCCCUUUGAAGAUGGCCAUUGUGAUUCCGUGACAGGAGAGUGUUUGAAAUGUAUUGGAAACACAGCUGGGCCCUACUGUGAAAGAUGCGCUGAUGGCUUCCAUGGGGAUGCCAUUUUCGCGAAGAACUGUACCGCAUGUGAAUGUCACCCAAAUAGCUCUAUCUCCUCAAAUUGCCACCACGACACCGGCUUGUGUGACUGUAAACCACAUGUCUUUGGAGAAAAAUGUGAUCAAUGUGAGCCUGGGUUCUAUGGCUUGACAUCUGGCUUUGGCUGCUUGCCUUGUAACUGUAACUUAUUAGGGUCAGUUUCCGAAAUGUGUAAUGAUGCCGGUCAGUGCCCAUGUGUUAAUGGAGUGGCAGGACUUAAAUGUGACAUCUGUGCCCAUGGAUUUUACGGAUAUCAGGAUGGCGGCUGUAACUCUUGUGACUGUGAGCAUACACAGAAUAACUGCAACUCGCAGACCGGAGAGUGUAUCUGUCCCCCUCACACACACGGACCAAAGUGCGAAUUCUGCAAUGCCAACUACUGGGGCCACGAUCCUGAGCUUGGAUGUCUGGAAUGCAACUGCAGUACAUAUGGGUCUUCCAAUCUCCAGUGUGACCUCACUACUGGCCAGUGUCUGUGCAGGAAGGAGUUUGCCGGACAGACUUGCAAUACUUGUUUAUUUGGAUACAGAAAUUACCCCAGCUGCAUCUCCUGUGACUGUGAUGUAAAAGGAACCCAGUCGGCUUGGUGCGAUGAUAAACAGAAGAUGUGUAGCUGUGAAGAAGAAACUGGUAACUGUGCUUGUAAGGCCAAUGCGAUCGGUAGUUAUUGCAAUGAAUGUAAAGGUGGAACCUUUGCCCUGCAUGCUGAAAACCCACUUGGUUGUUCACCAUGUUUUUGUUCUGGAGUGUCUGAGCUAUGUGCAGAAGUUGAGGACUUUGUACGCAUUCCUAUCACCUUGGUUCCAAACCAGUCUUUGCUUCGUGUAGUUUCUCUGAAUGAUAUGAAUGGAACUAUAAAUGGUGUGUUCUCUGAGGCUGUUGACAUGUUACUAGAUGGAUCAGUGAUACGGCAACACUUUUUGUCAGAUACAUUUUAUUGGCAAUUACCUGCACAGUUCCUGGGUGAAAAGACAUUGGCAUAUGGUGGCCUUUUGAAGUAUGUUGUUACAUAUUAUGCACUGGGGGAGUCAGAUUUUGCACUGGGGGAGUCAGAUUUUGAACCCCACAUUAUAAUGAAAGGUGGACAUCUCCGGAAACAAGUUCUUUACAUGACCAAACCAAACCCAGCAAAUGGAGCGAGAACUGAGAUACAAGUCAGCUUCAAAGAGGAAGACUGGAAAUAUCACAAUUCUGUAUCUGAUGAGUCGGUUACAAGGAUGGAGUUCAUGUCGGUUCUAAGCAAACUUGAUUACAUACUUAUAAAAGCAUCAUAUGGCUAUGGAUUACAACAGAGCAGGAUAUCAAAUAUUUCGAUGGACAUUGCAGUGGAGGCAUCAGAAAUGCAUUCUGGGCGAGAAACAUCUCAUCUUAUAGAGAUCUGUGAAUGUCCCCCUGGCUAUACUGGCCUUUCAUGCCAGGAGUGCGCACCUGGCUACUACAGAGAGGAAGUGACAGAAUUUAAUGUACGAGGACCACAGCCUUUCAUUGCUCCAUGUGUACCUUGUCAGUGCAGUAACCACAGUGAAAUGUGUGAUGCAGAUACCGGAGAAUGUCUGGGAUGCAGAAAUAAUACUGCAGGACACCACUGUCAUGUCUGUGCAUCAGGUUACUAUGGCAAGGUGACGGGAUCAAUCUCUGAUUGCUCGCUGUGUGCCUGUCCCAAAGGAAACGUUAACAGUUUUAGCCCAACCUGUGUGCUUGAAGGUAUUGAUGAUUUCCGCUGUGAUGCCUGUCUUCCUGGAUAUGAGGGCAAGUACUGUGAAAGGUGUUCACUCGGUUAUUUCGGCAAUCCAAGUGAGUCAGAUGGCAGCUGCCAGUUAUGUGACUGCAAUCCAAGUGGCUCUUUGCAUAAUCACUGUGACAGGUUAACUGGUCAAUGUGCUUGUAAGCCUGGAGUGACUGGACGUCUUUGUGAUACAUGUGAAGUCAGGCAUAUCCUCCUGGAACAGCAAUGCAUAUCAUGUGAUGACGACUGCACAGGACCAUUACUAGAUGACCUGGAUGAUCUGCAUAGAACCAUAUUUUCUAUAAACUUCACUGGAGUUGUCACAGUUCCCCAUGGAUUCAUGUCACAUCUGGAAAAUAUGACAAUGCAUGUAAAGGAAUCUGUGUUUACAAUUUCUAACAAGACUCAGAACCUGGACCAAACAGUGAUGCACCUGAAUGUAGUAUCUGGAGACACCGUCCUGCUACAUGACAGAUUGUCACAGGUAAAGAAGCAUGGGUUCAUUGUACAUAAUUCCACCAUCAACACCCUGAACAAAAGCCAGGAACUAAUGGGAUUUAUUGACAAAAUGCAAACUACAAUUAAAGUACUUAUAGAAGUGGCAGAAAGUCUGAAUGAGACACUGGGCAGUGAUACCCAGCUGCCACUGAAUUACCAGGAAGAUGUUUCAUCCAAGCUGGAACAUAUAAGCACACGAAGCUUUAGUGAUCACGACAAGAAUGCUGUAGAAAUUGCUAAAACUUCAGAGCUCCAACUGUCCAGAGUUCAGAAGGAAUUUGGGAAGCCACAUGAGGACUUGGCAAAGUUGAAGAAAAGCCUUGAGAAUUCAGUAGCUCAGCACACCAGCAAAUUGCUUGCAGCCAAAGACUUCAUAUAUGAAUCUGCUUCAAACACUAAUAAUACCAACAACCUAUUGGUUAUCAUCCAAAACAAUAUAGAAGACUUCAGUGUAAAAAAGCUUAAUCUCCAGGAAAACAAGAACCGUUCUGUGAUGCUGAUAGAGGAGGGGCUUGGACUGGUUGAUGAGGCAGUGUUACUUGCAGAAGACACUAUUAAUGCCACAUCGGUGUUGGAGAUGCACCAAGAAGAGCUCAUCAUGUGGAAUACAAAGCUGAGACAUCAUGUAGAUGAGCUGGUUAUGCAGAUGUCUAAGCGAGAUGCUUUGGACUUAGUGUACAAAUCUGAAGAUCAUGCUGCUGAUCUUCUGAGGCUUUCAGGUUCUCUCAACAGUUCUCUUUCAGAGGUGCAUAAUACUUCAUUAAAUGCCACAAAUGCUAUACAAGCUCACUCUAGCAUAAAAAAGAUGAUCGAGCAGGCUGAAGUCCUGGCUGAGCAGUCAAACCAUACUGUUUCAGAGACUCUAAGAUUGGUAUCUGGACCAAAUGGAUCUUUAGAUAUUACAUCAAAGAAUUCCAAGAUGUUCAGCUCACAAUUGCUAAAUGAAUCCAAAAACUUAAGUCGCAACACAGAAGGUCUCGUCUCUCAUUUGAAUGGACUGAAGACAAAAGUGGAUGAGAUACAAAAACGUACCCAUGUGUUUACUGGCCAGAUAAAUGAGCAGCUGCGUUCUCUGAGAACCCUGCCGAAUGACACAAGUUCUAAACUUCAAGAGGCUAAAGAUCUAGCUUUGUCUGCAAAUGCCACUGCAGCUGGAACCCUGGGCCAUAUCGUGAAUUUCAGUCAUAAGCUGACAACUGCCACUUCUACAUUGUCCAGGGUGAAUGACACGUUGCAGAGAACUAAUGCACUUCUGGUUGACUCCUCAAAGGCUGCUGUAUCAGCAGAGAGCAGAAUUAAAGAGGUGGAGACACAAGCCAAUAUUCUAUUGGAUAGACUGAAACCAAUGAAGUUGCUAGAGGAGAAUCUAAGCAGAAAUCUAUCUGAAAUAAAGGAGCUGAUUAAUCAAGCACGGAAGCAAGCGGCAUCAAUUAAAGUUGCUGUUUCAGCAGACAGAGAUUGUGUGCGCUCUUACCAUCCAGAGAUUCGUUCAACAAACUUCAACACUCUGACAUUAAAUGUCAAGACAAGUGAGCCUGACAACCUUCUGUUUUAUAUGGGUAGUAAUAAUAAGGCUGACUUUAUGGCAGUAGAGAUGAGGCAGGGUAAAGUUUCAUUACUAUGGGACUUAGGCACUGGACCAACAAGACUUGAAGAUCCGGACAUACAAAUAAACAACAACAAAUGGCAUAAAAUACAUGCAACAAGGUUUGGUAGAUCAGGAACACUGACCGUAGAAGAAGUCGACAAUUCUCAGAAGACCUCAACCAAAUCUUCAUCAUCUCCAGGGAUCUCUUCCAUUCUAAAUGUAGAUAAUUCCACAUUAAUGUUUAUUGGAGGCAUUAGCGGUGGCUUACAGAAGUCACCGACACUGCAAACAACAGAUUUUAGGGGAUGUAUGGGAGAAGCAUUCUUGAAUGGCAGAUCCGUUGGUUUAUGGAACUAUAAUGAAAGACAGGGCAGAUGUGCUGGAUGCUAUGGAAGCCCCCAGGAUGAAGACACAUCUUUUUACUUUGAUGGCAGUGGUUAUUCUAUAGUGGAGAAGACUAUGCGAUCCACAACAACACAGAUAGUCAUACAUUUCCGGACAUUCUCAUCAAAUGGUCUCCUGCUUUAUCUUGCUUCUAAUGGAACGAGAGAUUUCUUGUCUCUGGAAAUAGUGGAUGGAAAGUUAAGAUUGUCGGUGGAACUUGGUUCAGGACCUUUGACAUUAACAACUGAUGGACGCUAUAAUGAUGGUAACUGGUAUAAAGUUGUUUUCAACCGGAACAAAAAGCAAGGUAUCCUAGCUGUUAUGGACUCCUAUAACUCCAGUCAACGAGAGACCAAACAGGGUGAGGCACCUGGUACAGCAUCAGACUUGAAUAGGUCAGACAAAGAUCCCAUAUACAUUGGUGGUCUUCCCAGGUCCAGAGUGGUAAGGAGACAACUAGUCAGCAGAACUUAUGUUGGCUGUAUAAGAAAUCUGGAAAUUUCACGAUCAAACUUUGACUUGCUAAGAAAUGCUUAUGGUGUGAGAAAAGGCUGUAAAUUAGAGCCUACACGCAGUAUUACUGUUCUUAACGAUGGCUAUGUAGAAAUGCAGCCUGUGUCCUUACUACCGGAGUCUGAGCUUAUGGUGUCGUUUUCCACUCUCAACGACACAGGGAUUAUCCUGGCUGGGUUUGGCAAGGCAACGGAGAAACGUAGUCGCAGGCAGGCCCAGCUGCCCUUUUUUGCUUUAAUGCUGGUAAACGGACAUGUUGAAUUACACAUUAAUCCUGUGGAUGGAGCAAGCACAAGAAAAACAGUCAUCAAAUCACCUACUGGGACGUAUAGUGAUGGCCAAGAACAUUCCAUUAUUCUCCUUCGUAACAAAAGGCUGGUGAGUGUGCAGGUUGAUGAAGGGAAACCAGCAGAGGUGAAACUCAAUGGUCCUUCUGUGGAUACGGCUGCCAUAAAUGCUUCUAGCUUUUUCAUUGGUGGAGUGCCUGGUAAAAUGGGCGCAACUAUGCUCAGGACAAGUCAAUCUUUCUACGGAUGCAUUCAGAAUUUGAUUUUAAAUAUGGAGCAAUUGGAUUUCACUAUGGUUAUUAAAUAUGAAAACGUACAAAUGGAUAGCUGCAUGCUAGCAGAAAAGCCUGCUAUCAACAAUGAGGAACCAGACGCACAACCGACGGCAUUACCGCUUGUCACAGAAAGGAAAUUAUCUCUGACCACACCCAUAGAGAAAUCCUAUAUCACUAAGGCAUUUGAGUGUGCACAGGAGGUGCUGCCCGGUCAUGUACCUGACGCUCACCAGUUUGGUCUCACUACAGGAAGCCAUAUGAUCUUGCCUUUCGACCCGUCUGCGGUCAGAAGAAAACUCUCUGUCCAGCUCACCCUAAGGACAUAUGCCACAAGCGGCCUCAUCUAUUAUAUGGCUCACCAAAAUCAGGUGGACUAUGCUGCACUACAGCUCUAUGAUGGAAAACUUCACUUUUUAUUUGAUAUGGGAAAAGGAAGGACUGAGACCAUCCACCCGGUUCAGAUCAAUGAUGGCAAAUGGCACACGAUUUCCACUGAAUACAUUAAAAGAAAAAGUACCGUUACUGUGGACGGUCAGGAAUCUACUUCAACCAGUUCUCCCGGGGAGAGCAACAGUCUAGAUGUGGAAGGCAAGCUGUAUCUAGGAGGACUGCCACCAAGCUAUAUGGCCAAAAACAUUGGAAAUGUAACCCACAGUAUCCCAGCAUGCAUCAGCAGUGUUUCUGUUAACAGCAAGCAGUUAAACAGAGAAGGAGCGCUUUCUAUUCAUGGUGUGAAUAAAUGUUACAUAUCAGCACAACAAGGAACCUACUUUGAUGGGACGGGAUUUGCCGCUUUAGUAAAAGAAGGUUACAAAGUACGAUCGGAUUUGAACAUAUCUCUAGAAUUCCGAACUACUGCCAGGAAUGGUGUUCUCUUGGGAAUUAGUAGCGCGAAAGUGGAUGCCAUUGGCCUGGAAAUUGUGAAUGGCAGGGUUCUGUUUCAUGUAAACAAUGGUGCUGGUAGAAUAACAGCAAUUUAUAAGCCAGAAGACACCAACUCUCUGUGUGAUGGCAAGUGGCACCAGAUUCAUGCCAAUAAGAUAAAGCACAAAAUCGUUCUCAUAGUAGAUGGAAACACAAUUCAGACUGACAGUCCUCACGUCCAAUCUACCUCUGCAGAUACAAAUAAUCCAGUUUAUGCUGGCGGCUUUCCAGCUGGCGUGAAGCAAAACUGUCUGACCAGCCAGACCUCAUUCCAUGGUUGUAUAAGGAACCUGAAACUGAUGAAGGGAACCCAGACUGAGGCCAACGACUUUAGCAAGGCAUUCGAAUUACGUGGAGUCUUCCCUCAUUCUUGUCCAGGAACCGAACUAUAAACAAAAGGCAUAUUGUCAGCUUCUCACCCCAUUCCUGAACACAAAGGGUAUAUUAAGCACAAGUGAUCUUAUCGCACAUGAGAUAAUUGAAAUGCACGCUGUGUCAGGCUUUCAGAUGUGGUGAUAUAACCCUGUGACAUAGCAAAGCAUUAAGCAAUUUCAUCUCAUGAGGUUUGAUAGUUAUUAUCCCUUAAAGCUGAACUCCAGACAGAACUAAAAGAAACAAAUGCAGCUCUAUGUUCAUUUAUUAAUCAAUAAAUGAAUAUAUUUUUUUAACACAGUUAGUGUAAGUAAUUGAACCUAAAUUGAUAUCAGCCUACUGCAAUCACCUAUACAUUAGCAUUCAGACUGAGGGACGGAUGGGUAGGAGUGCAAGUCAAUCAGAUGUGUUCUUUGCAAAUGUGCCAACCAGAAUACCCUUGGUAGUGAGCAAAGGAUGACCUCAUUGGUCUUUUGCUGCUCUUUACACUAUAGUGGGGGUCUUCAAACUUUCCAGUACGAGGGCCACAUUGUAUAUUUUACAAAUGUUCACGAGCGGAACAAAAAGUCAGUAUUAUAAAUAAAUUCAUUAGAAAUUAAUAUGUUUUACUUGAAUCUUUUCUGGAAUUCACAUGAUAUGAUUCAGAACAUAAGAGAAAUUAUUUCAGUAAAACAAAGCAAAAUCCCUUCUUAAAGCGGAUGUCCGCUGAAAACAAAAUAUUAAAAGCCAGCAGCUACAAA